ACUCACCUACACAAAUCAUCUCCUUCUUCCUCUCUCUCUCUCUCUCUCUCUCUCUCCCUGCUCUCCCUGCUCUCUCUCUCUCUCUCUCUCUCUCUCUUGCGCACACAAGAAAAAAAAUCAAGAUGGUUGACACACUGAGUGAAGAGAAGAUCAUUGGAUACUUCAAGAACAAGAGCAUCCUCAUCACUGGAUCAACAGGCUUUCUUGGAAAGAUACUAGUGGAGAAGAUACUGAGAGUUCAACCUGAUGUAAAGAAGAUCUAUCUUCCGGUGCGAGCGGUGGAUGCCGCGGCGGCGAAGGAUCGGGUGGAGACUGAGGUGGUAGGGAAGGAGUUGUUCGGGCUUCUGAGGGAGAAGCACGGGGACUGGUUUCAAUCUUUCAUCUGUGAAAAGAUCGUCCCAUUGGCCGGAGAUGUGAUGCGUGAGGACUUCGGCGUCGACAGCGAGACCCUGAGGGAGCUCCGGGUGACCCAGGAGCUCGAUGUCAUCGUUAAUGGCGCCGCCACCACCAACUUCUACGAAAGGUAUGAUGUGGCCCUGGACGUGAACGUGAUGGGAGUGAAGCAUAUGUGCAACUUCGCCAAGAAGUGCCCCAAUCUCAAGGUGCUCCUCCAUGUCUCCACGGCUUAUGUUGCGGGUGAGAAGCAAGGACUCGUGCAAGAGAGACCAUUCAAGAAUGGCGAGACGCUGCUCGAGGGGACCCACCUCGAUAUCGACACCGAGCUGAAACUGGCCAAGGACCUGAAAAAGCAGCUUGAGGCCGACGCCGACUCGUCGCCCAAGUCCCAAAGGAAGGCCAUGAAGGACCUUGGCAUCACCAGGGCCCGGCACUUCGGGUGGCCGAACACAUACGUGUUCACAAAGUCGAUGGGGGAGAUGGUGCUGGGCCAGUUGAAGUGUGAUCUCCCUGUUGUCAUUGUCCGUCCCAGCAUCAUCACCAGUGUCCAGAACGACCCACUGCCCGGAUGGAUCGAAGGCACCAGGACGAUCGACACGAUCGUGAUCGGCUAUGCGAAGCAGAACCUGACAUACUUCUUGGCGGACCUCAACCUCACCAUGGAUGUGAUGCCGGGCGACAUGGUGGUGAAUGCGAUGAUGGCUGCCAUCGUGGCGCACAGCUCGUCCUCAUUGGAGAAGACACAGUCACAUCCCGAGCCACACGCACCGGCGGUGUACCACGUGAGCUCGUCGCGGCGUAACCCGGCGCCGUACAAUGUGCUGCACGAGGCUGGGUUUCGGUACUUCACGGAGCACCCUCGGGUGGGCCCUGACGGCCGCACGGUGCGCACCCAUAAGAUGGCAUUCCUCAGCAGCAUGGCUUCCUUCCACCUCUUUAUGAUGCUCAGGUACCGCCUCCUCCUUGAGCUCCUCCACCUGCUCUCCGUCCUCUGUUGUGGCCUCUUCGGCCUCGACACCCUCUACCACGACCAAGCACGCAAGUACAGGUUCGUGAUGCACCUGGUGGAUCUGUAUGGGCCCUUCGCGCUGUUCAAGGGCUGCUUCGAUGACGUCAACCUAAACAAGCUCAGGCUCGCCAUGACCAGCAACCAUGGAAGCCUCUUUAAUUUCGACCCCAAGACCAUUGACUGGGACGAUUACUUCUACAGCGUCCACAUCCCCGGGGUCCUAAAGCACAUGCUCAACUGAAAUAUCCAUGCACCGAAAAUUUAGGCGUUGCCUUAAUAAUUAAAUAAUCGUACGUUGUAAGAAAUAUCCUCCCAAAUUGGGUUCUAACCGUUAAAUAAUCUGUGUGAAAGAGGGAAAUGUGUCUGUCGCUUGAUAGUGCAGGCAUCAACUUGCAUAUGCUUCUUGAAGAACAAGGAAUGCUACAUCAUGAGUUUCGUUC